AUGUCCAUCGACUCGGACGUGCCCGCAGGCGACGAGCAAGUCGCACUCGUGGCGUUUGCCCCGGACGUUGACCCAGUGGAGGAAUCCGAUUCUGCAUCAACCACCAAGACGCACUCUAUUGUCCUUUGCGAGGAUCAGGUUCCAGAUGCAGUCACAGCAUUUGUUACUGCCGUGCGCGCUCUCCACUUCCGAGCUACAAACAUCGAAGACGCAGGCGUCGUCAUCGCGACUUCCGAAGGUUCAUUACGCCUUGCUCAAGCUCACGUCAACAACGACACGACACUCGCGCAACUCUCUCAACAGUUAAGGGCAACAAACGAAGCCUAUUCGGGACAGCUGAAAGCCAUACAGACUGCGAUCUCCACUCUUACACCAACCACACGGUUAUCGCUCGGAGGAGUUGACCUGCUUUGGGCUUUGGAGCGCGACGAAGAAGCUGUCAGAUGUGAUAUCACAUAUAACACGCAAAAGUUCACUCCAGGCUACAUACAGCUUCUCGCUGUUAACGUCGGGGCUGCUUUCGAUGCCGUUCAUAAAGAGCCAACUCUGCCUAUUGCAGAUGUGCACUUCCCGAACUCGUUACGGCAACUAUCUGCAUCCAACGUUCCAUCUGUGGUCUCUCUUCAGAAAGGUCCAACAUCGUUUCCGCACACGACUAUCCCGGGCGCCUUCAGCGAUGCGGUGUCUAGGCAUGCCGAGCGACUGGCCAUAGUCACCACCUCGUCACUUCUAGAGAGCGAGUACACCUACAAACAACUACAUAUCCUAUCCUCCUCCAUGGCACAGGUCAUCCGCCGAUCCAUCCCACAAUCUGCCAGUAUCACGGCUCCUGUAUUCGUUGCAUUCUGCAUCCCGCCCUCACCCCUUGCCCUAAUCACUAUCCUCGCCAUUCUCAAAACGGGCGCCGCAUACGUCCCCUUGGAUAUACGGCUACCGGAUGACCGCUUGCGGACUCUCAUCGCUGACUCUGGGAGUUGCGUACUUGUGACAACCGCAGAUGCGCCGCAAGUGCACCUUCCGCCUUCUGUCGCGAAGCUGGACGUCUCCGAUUUCCUCGUCGACCGGGCCGCGCGAGAACUCACCGGCGCUACGCUUACGUCAGCUGACUACCACGUCUGCCCAGCAACGCCCACAUCGCCGGCGUAUGUUAUGUACACCUCCGGUAGCACUGGUCUACCCAAAGGUGUCUGCGUUGCGCAUGCAUCGGUACUCGCCCUCGCGGAUCCGGUCUCUCGCGGCGCACCGCAUAAUUUCCCCGUCGGCCCUACCCAUCGAGUGGCACAGCUCAAUAACCUUGCCUGGGAUGGCUCCGUGUUCGACGUAUUCUGCACCUUCCUCACCGGCGCAACGUUGGUAUCGCUCGACCGCUAUGCGGUGCUCGACCCGGAGCAACUCGCUGAGGCGUUCACUACAUCGGGUGUGACGACGUCGUUCAUCACAACGUCGCUCUUCCGCACGCUACUGCGCACCACGCCCGAGACCUUCGCGCGCAUGCACACUCUCCUUGUUGGUGGCGAAUCGAUAGAUUAUGACGUCUAUCGCGAGAUCUUCCGUGUAAACCCUGGGCUUGCCCUGUGGAACAUGUACGGGCCGACGGAAACGUGCUGCUAUACAACUGCAUACCGCGUGCCAUCGUUGUUACCCACGCAGAAAGGCGCCCAGGGCAAGCGCGGCCUUGUUCCCAUAGGCAAGCCUCUUGAUCACACUUUGUGCUGCGUCGUGGACAGGCAAGGACGACUCGUGCCUCCUGGAGUCGUCGGGGAGCUUUGGAUCGGAGGUGUCGGAGUAGCGCUCGAAUAUUUGGCCCGGCCAAAGGAGACGGCUACUGCGUUUAUCGAGCAUGAAGUGGAACUUUUCGAAAGGAACGCAGGCGAUGGCAGCACUGCAGUGCGCAGACAGCGCUUCUAUCGGACGGGCGACCUGGUUAAAUGGCUACCAGACGGUCAAAUGCAGUUUGAGGGCCGUGUUACGUCAGGGCAGGUCAAGAUUCGCGGACAGCGUCUCGAGCUCGCGGAAGUGGAGGCUGCAAUUGUACGGACGGGUCUGGUCGCCGACGCAGCGGUUCUCCACGUGAAGCCAGAGGUUGGCGAACCUCAUUUGAGCGCAUACAUCGUACCCGACAAAACGCUUGGAAGUGCCGCUCUGUCCGAAGCGAUGGUGAAGACGUCUCUCAAGAAGUCGAUCCCUGCGCACAUGAUCCCGCAACGAUUCACGAUCUUGUCCGCGCUACCGCUUACGAAUAGUGGCAAGUGCGACCGUCGUAUGCUACAUGCCAUCGAUGCCAAAUCGCUCUCCGAGCAGGCAAAGCAGCUCACGAAUGCGGAGCGGGGAACGACCCAACCGGCAGAGCUGAAACUAGGGGGUAUUUUGUCCGGGGACACUAUCAGCGCUUUAUGUGCGAUCUUCGAAGACGUUCUCUGCCACAAUUCCGCCACGUCCGUCGCUAUUGGCCCCGAUUCAAACUUCUUCGACAUAGGGGGACAUUCACUGCUCGCGAUGAAGCUCAAAUGGCGCGUUGAGACGGCGUUGGCUAGCGAGCGUAGGCCGCCUAUUACGGUCUCGCUCACCAUUCGCGAUAUUUUCGAGAACCCCACUCCACGGCAGUUGGCGAACUUCGUUGAUGCUAUGGGCGCCUCUACACAUUCCACCGAGAACGACGCCUGGCCAUAUGGAGUCGACCUGGGCGAAGGCCAGUCUAUGCACCCCCUCUCCAUCGGCCAACUACGCGUCUGGCAAAUGGUCUUGACGGAUAACGACCCCACAGCACACUGUCCGCACUGGUUCCGCUUUGAUGGUCCUCUCGACCAACACAGACUGCGAUUAGCCAUGAAGCAGGUUUUCGAUCGCCACGAGAUUUUGAGAUCUGUCUUUGUGCCCGACGCGGGUGUCGCUGGUUUCCAUGGCCCUGCGAUGCGGGUUUUGCCAGAGUGGUGUCCAGAGUUGGAGGUCAUCGACGUUCCCACAGACGUCGCGGCAAGAGCUCUUGGGGCUGACGCGUUUGAUUGGUCCGUCCAUAGUGAGGGCGCACUCGGGGAUCUGCUUCGAUUCCACGGCAACAGACUAUUCGCUCUGCCAGAUGGCGAGACUGGUUGCCGACUGGUCCUCUUCCGACUUUCCGAGCAAGUCCACGUCCUACUCCUGUCUAUGAACCAUAUCAUCACCGACGGCUACUCUCGCGCCACUCACUUCCAUGAGAUCGGCGCCUUCUACAAGGAUCCUCGCCCACAGGCGUUAGUUCCUCUGCCCCUGCAGUAUGGCUCGUUUGCGCGCUGGCAACGCAGCGAGCCCUUUGCACGUGUCAUCGAACCCAAGCUGAAGUACUGGACAUCCCUGAUCGAGUCUACAACCGCCCUCGAGUUUGCCGCCACCCAUCCGCGCACAAAGGACCACGAACCAUCGCGUGAAGGUGCAUUACGGGUGCUCGCAUGCACACCCGAUCUUGUCAGUAGGCUCGAACACGUUUGUCGUGUCGAGCAUUGUAGCAUGUUCGUCGUCGUCGUAGCCGCACUGCGACUCGCGCACGAUCGUUUGUCGGGCGGGAGAACGCGCGGCGCCACUAUGACCCCAACUUUCGGUGCGACAGCGGCUAACCGGACACUUUCGGCAUUCGCGGAUUCUGUGGGAUACUUCGUCAAUAUCCAUCUCUACCCUAUCAAAAUCAACGAAGACGACGGUGUGUUCGACGUUCUCCGACGCGUUCGCGGUAUGGCUUGGGAUGCGCUUGCGAAUGAAGAGGCGCCAUUCCCCAUGUAUGCCGCGGAGUCUGCCGCUCGCACUGGACGCGAUCUGCGUGCGGACCCGCUACUUCGCCUCGCUCUGGGGUAUCACCAAUUCGACGAUGCACCGAUUCGUGUCUCGAGCGAGGGGGAGGACGGGCUCGAACUGCGCCUCAUUGACAUCGAUAUGCGCCUGAUGCGCUUCGAUCUACAAGUGUUUUUCAACAGGCACGCGGAUGGUAGCAUGCACGGCGACUUUCACUAUCGAAAGGCGAUGUUCGAUGACCAGGCGAUCGACGAAAUAGUGCAAACCUAUGAACAGGUGUUGGAGGAACUGGCAACAUUAGCGUAG